CGGCUGAUGCAGAGAGAGCUGCCGCGGGGUCUCAGUCCGCAGGCCUGAGAGUGGCUUCGCAAGGUCGCCGUUGUCCCCUGGGCCUGGGAAGGCGGGCAACGAGGAGGAGGAGAAAGAGGGGAGGCGGGGACCCCAGAGAGUGGAACCGGCGAAUCUUCAAUUGGCCAAGGAGAGCCGGGUUGCAUCCGCGCCCGGCUGCAGCGCCUUCCCCCGAAAGCCCCCGCGGCCCGGGCUGGAGCGGAGGCCGGAUGCCCAAGCCAGGCACAGGCGCGGGCAGCCUUCGCAGUCACCGUCCCACUAGAGCUGCGGACGCCGAGGGCUGCUGAUGAAGUGAUUGAGAAGAGACGGUGAACACCUUCCUUUGGUAGACAAGACGGCAUGGAGCAGCCAUUUACUGUGAAUUCUCUGAGAAAGUUAGCUGCUAUGCCUGACCAUACAGAUGUCUCCGUAAGCCCAGAAGAGCGGGUCCGUGCCCUAAGCAAGCUGGGUUGCAAUAUUACCGUCAACGAGGACAUCACGCCGCGCCGCUACUUCAGGUCCGGAGUGGAAAUGGAGAGGAUGGCGUCUGUGUACCUGGAAGAGGGAAACUUGGAAAAUGCCUUUGUUCUUUACAAUAAAUUUAUAACCUUGUUUGUGGAAAAGCUUCCUAACCACCGAGAUUACCAGCAAUGUGCAGUACCUGAAAAGCAGGAUAUUAUGAAGAAACUGAAGGAGAUUGCCUUCCCAAGGACAGAUGAAUUGAAAAAGGACCUUUUAAAGAAAUAUAACGUAGAAUACCAAGAAUAUUUGCAAAGCAAAAACAAAUAUAAAGCUGAAAUUCUCAAAAAAUUGGAGCAUCAGAGAUUGAUAGAGGCAGAAAGGAAGCGGAUUGCUCAGAUGCGCCAGCAGCAGCUUGAAUCGGAGCAGUUCCUGUUUUUUGAAGACCAACUCAAGAGGCAAGAGUUAGCCCGAGGCCAGACGCGGAGUCAGGAGACCCCGGGACUAUCGGAGCAGAUUGACGGGAAGGCUCUCUCCUGCUUUUCCUCGCACCAGAACAACUCCUUGCUGAAUGUAUUUGCAGAUCCACCUACCAAAAGUGAAGCAACCAAUUGUACUAGACAUUCACCUCCUGUCAACAGAGCCUUAAAGCUAGCAGCUACUCUAAGUGCUGUGCAGAAUUUAGUGGUUGAAGGACUGAGAUGUGUGGUUUUACCGAGAGAUCUCUGCCACAAAUUCCUGCUGCUGGCCGAAUCCAAUACAGUAAGAGGAAUCGAAACCUGUGGGAUCCUCUGUGGAAAGCUGACACAUAAUGAAUUUACCAUUACCCACGUGAUUGUGCCAAAGCAGUCUGCGGGCCCGGACUACUGCGAUGUGGAGAACGUAGAAGAACUAUUCAGUGUGCAGGACCAACAUGGCCUCCUCACCCUGGGAUGGAUCCAUACACAUCCCACCCAGACUGCUUUCCUGUCCAGCGUGGACCUCCACACGCACUGCUGCUACCAGCUUAUGUUGCCUGAGGCCAUCGCCAUUGUCUGCUCCCCAAAGCAUAAAGACACAGGCAUCUUCAGGCUCACUAACGCCGGCAUGCUCGAGGUGUCUGCCUGCAAAAAGAAGGGCUUCCACCCGCACACCAAGGAGCCCUGCCUGUUCAGUAUAUGCAAACAUGCGUUGGUGAAAGACAUGAAGAUAACUGUGCUGGACCUGAGGUGAUACCCUGGGAGUACAAGCUCUGUCAACACCAGACUCCUGCCUAUGGACAUGUGGUUGCCGGAUACCCUUAAGAUGUUUCCAGAAAUGACUGAUGUUUUAUAUUUAUACAUUUUAGAUCAGAAAGUUUGAUAUUUAUUGCUUUUGCAUAUUUUGAAGUUUUCUUUUUCAGUUGCUUUGUCUCAAGAGAGGCCACCUGGUGUUAAGUCAAGGCCUAUCGAUGUAUCCAAGUACUAUCACCAGAUAAUAAACUGUGCUGCAGACCAGA